UAUUAAUCUGACAGUUGUUAGUCAUGCUUGGCCAAAAAGUAUAAAAAGACUUGCUCUCAAUGCAGACAUGCAUAUCACAGCUUCCAGUGCGAUCAAGAGAUUUAAGGAUGAUGACUCCAGUCGUGUUUUUUGUGCUGUUGGCUGUUCUAGGACAGACAAGUGGCCAAUCUGAUUCUAAUAUUGCUCAACUUGGAACUGUGAUGCAGUCCUCCGUCUUUGACAUUGGCAUCCCUGAAUUGGCCAUUGAUGGAAAUUCGUGCUAGCGUCUGGGCACAGGGAUCCUGUAGCCACACACUAAAUGAUUUUAAACCAUGGUGGAGAGUGGACCUCCUGAAGACAUAUAAAAUCAACACUGUCACCAUCACCAACAGAAGAGAUGCUGUCCACGAAAGAAUCAAUGGGGCUGAGAUCCGCAUUGGAAAUUCCCUCGAAGACAAUGGCAACGAUAAUCCCAGAUGUGCUGUUAUCUCGUCUAUCGCAGCUGGGGCCUCCAAAACCUUUGUGUGUAAUGAAAUGGAAGGUCGUUAUGUAAACAUUGUGAUUCCUGGAAGACAAGAAUACCUGACACUGUGUGAGGUGGAAGUCACUGGUCAGCCUUCAGUAAACACUGCUACAACUGGUCCUAAUAUUGCUCAACUUGGAACUGUGAUGCAGUCCUCCGUCUUUGACAUUGGCGUCCCUGAAUUGGCCAUUGAUGGAAAUCGUGCUAGCGUCUGGGCACAGGGAUCCUGUAGCCACACACUAAAUGAUUUUAAACCAUGGUGGAGACUGGAUCUCCUGAAGACAUAUAAAAUCAACACUGUCACCAUCACCAACAGAAGAGAUGCUGUCCACGAAAGAAUCAAUGGGGCUGAGAUCCGCAUUGGAAAUUCCCUCAAUGACAAUGGCAACGAUAAUCCCAGAUGUGCUGUUAUCUCGUCUAUCGCAGCUGGGGCCUCCAAAACCUUUGUGUGUAAUGAAAUGGAAGGUCGUUAUGUAAACAUUGUGAUUCCUGGAAGACAAGAAUACCUGACACUGUGUGAGGUGGAAGUCACUGGUCAGCCUUCAGUAAACACUGCUACAACUGGUCCUAAUAUUGCUCAACUUGGAACUGUGAUUCAGUCCUCUGUCUUUGACAUUGGCAUCCCUGAAUUGGCCAUUGAUGGACAUCGUGCUAGCGUCUGGGCACAGCGAUCCUGUAGCCACACACUAAAUGAUUUUAAACCAUGGUGGAGACUGGACCUCCUGAAGACAUAUAAAAUCAACACUGUCACCAUCACCAACAGAGGAGAUGCUGUCCACGAAAGAAUCAAUGGGGCUGAGAUCCGCAUUGGAAAUUCCCUCGAAGACAAUGGCAACGAUAAUCCCAGAUGUGCUGUUAUCUCGUCUAUCGCAGCUGGGGCCUCCAAAACCUUUGUGUGUUAUGAAAUGGAAGGUCGUUAUGUAAACAUUGUGAUUCCUGGAAGACAAGAAUACCUGACACUGUGUGAGGUGGAAGUCACUGGUCAGCCUUCAGCACUGUAAAAAAAAAUAAAACAAAUCGUAAAAAAAAA